AACAAUUUGUAAUCAUCUAUCACCCUUUCACUAUUCAAUUUCAAAGUCACUUUCCUAUUAGAAACAGCACUCCCCCUCUCAUCCAUGGCGCCGCCGUCUUACACCACUCCCCAACCCUCCGACAACCACAAACCCCGCUCUGCCGCCGACCACCGCUGCCUCGAAUCGCUCCUCCACUCCGCCCGCCCCUUCCUCCGCGGCGAGCUCCACGCCGUCGACGAAAACCUCCCCCGCCUCGUCUCCGUCCUCCAAGCCGCCGGCGCCGGCGAGUGCUGGCACAAGCACAACAGCUUCUUCGACCACCUCUUCGGCGUCUACCGCACCCUCAAGCCCUGGAACGCUCCCGACGUCGUCUGCCUCUGCGCCCUCUUCCACUCCGCCUACUCCAACUCCUAUGUCAACCUCGCCAUCUUCCCGCCCUCCCCCACCGGCCGCGACACCGUCCGCGGCCACGUCGGCGCUGCCGCCGAGCGCCUCAUCCACCUCUUCUGCGUCGUUCCUCGUCACUCUAUCACCCACGGCCUCCUACUCUCCAGCUACUCCGAUUCCGAGCUGAUCGAAGACCUCCGACUGUCGGCGAUCUCGAUCGAGAAGCUCCGCGGCGGCGGAGAGGCCGGAGAAGACGAGAUCUGGAGGAAUAAGAUCCGAUCGAUCAUCCCGGCGGAGGGGGUGACCGUGAAGCACAUCAAAACCGGCGAAGACAUACAGCUCUCGAGGCGGCUGGUGGCGACUUUCCUCUUGAUGACCAUCUCCGAUAUCAGCGAAUCGCUCUUCGGCUUCCAUGACCAUUUGUUCGAUAACCGCGACGGCAGGCUCGAUUGCUCCGGCAACAACGUUCUGACCUCCUUGUGGCCGGGCAUCGCCAAGCCAGGGCUGUGUAUGCACACCUUCUCGAGAAUGGCGGCGAUCUACAGUCUGUUGGUGAGAGAAGAGGAGAUGUACCUCAAAUCAUUGAAAAAUCCGGCAGCGGCGGAGGGCAGAGACGAAGAUCUGGAGCUGGUGGUGCCGCCGGUGUUCGAUAAUUGCAGUAAAGUUCUGGAUCCGGAUGAGCAGAUCGCGGCGAGGGAUCUGUACUGGAAGGCGGUGUGCGACGUGGCGGAGAUAGGGGUAGAUAAGGCGGAGGAGAUGCUGGUGGAGAGUGUGGCGAGGAAUCCGUUUGUGGGGGAAGGGUACGUGGUGUUGGCGCAGAUAUAUUUGGGGAAAGGAGAGUUCGAGGCGGCGGUAGAGGCAGCGGAGAGGGGGCUGAGGUUGCUGUUGGAGUGGGGGAGUCCGCGUGAUAAGAGGCUGACGUGGCAGGCGUGGGUGUCGUGGGUUAGGGUGCUGUUGAUGAAGGCCAAGGAGAAGUCGUGGCCGGAAAAAGCAUGGGACCUACAAAAUUUGGGUCUUGUCGCGUGAAUUAUGGAGUAUUAUUCAUUAAAUUAUGCUACUGUAAAAUAAGUUUGUCUAUAAUAAGGCCUAGUUUGGUAGUCUUAGCUUGAAAAUGGGCCUUUCAAGCAUCUCAUGAUUGGAUUUUUUCAUAGUUUGGGUGUUGUGUUCAAAUAUUGGGCCGCAUGAAGUUGGUGUGUCUCAUGUUUGGUUGGAGAAAUAAAUGGUGUGUGUGAAAUAAUAGAUAUUACUGUUUUAUCCUUUA